GGGGCAGCAGCACAACAGGCAGCAGUGGUCGGCCGGAAGGAAUCAUGUUUGUUGUGAGUGACCAAACAGCUGACUGAAUGUUUGCUUUCAUGCAACUCAAGGUCAGCAAGUUCCGGCAGCCUGAAUGAAGCUCGGCGGGGGGAUGCUCACUUACACGCGACAGCCGUGUAUGUAGAACGGAGGGCGAGGAUGUGAAAGGCUCUGGAUUACUCGACCCAUCUGCCAUCCGGUUUCGUGGGGGAAUGGGCCCGGCCUCAAUGCAGGAGGAGUCGAUGACCGAGUCUCAGGAGGAGAUGGAGGGCUACGGCUGCCUCCUGCAGGCCCGAUCCCAGCUGGAGAGCACGCUGCAGCAGGUGGCGGUUCCCGUGAGCAUGAAGGAGGUCGGCGGCUAUAUCGAGAAACAGGUUGCAUACUUGUCAGGUGGCCGUGGAGAAGACUCCAGCAUCAUCAUCACGCUCCCGGAAAGCUCGGCCUUUAAGGACAUACCGGAGGAGGCCUUGGCCAAAGUCUUCACUUACCUCACGCUCAUCCCUCGGACAAGGCAACCGGGUGUGAAGUUCAUCAUCAUUUUAGACCGCAGACUGGACACGUGGGCUUCUAUCAAAACUGCAUUGGCCAGAAUAGCAGCCUCCUUUCCCGGGAACCUCCAUCUGGUCCUGGUGCUUCGACCCACCAGCUUCUUCCACCGCACCGUCACUGACAUUGGCUUUCGCUUCAGCCAGGAGGACUUCAUGCUCAAAAUGCCCGUGGUGAUGCUGAGCUCCGUCACAGAUCUGCUGAAGUACAUCAAUGAAAACCAGCUGACGUCAGAGUUCGGAGGCACACUGGACUACUGUCACAGCGACUGGAUUGUUUUACGAACGGCCAUUGAAAGUUUUGCCGUCACAGUGAAGGACGUGGCACACUUGCUGCAGGCCUUCGGCACUGAACUGGCCGAGACGGCCAUGCCGAGUGAGUGCGACGCUAUCCAGAGUCUCCUGGAGUCUCACAAUGAGAAAUACAAGAAGCUCAAGGAGGCCAUUCGAUCUUUGUCAAGAGAGGGACGACAUCUUCUCGCAAGCCUGGAGACCACUACCACCACCACCACCAGCACCACCACUACCAGGGACAACGACGACCCUCACUGGGAUGUCCAUCUGGACUGGGAGACGGUUCAACGGCUCCUGACCCAACUCCGAGACAUGGAGUUGGCCUUCGAUGGCUACUUUGAGAAGCACAUUCAGAAAUUGGAUCAGUACCUGCAGCUACUCACAUACGAGCAAAGCUUUCAAGAGAUGGAGUCAUGCCUGUCUCGUGUGACGUCUCAGCAGAGUGAGCUGUCCACGACGGUAAACACUCUGGCUCAAGCAGAGCAGGCUCUCCAACAGCUGGACACUUUGGAAACUCUUGCUCAGGAAGUGAUGUCACGCGCCCAGAUGGUUGUUCUUCACGGGCACCAGCUGUCAGCGGGUCACCACUACGCCACGGCCCUCAUCAUGCAACGCUGCAACGAGCUGCGGCAUCACUGCGAUAGCCUCGACGCUGCUCUGGGCAACAAACGCUGUCGUCUCUUGCAAGCGCAGCAGCUCCUCCUGUCUCUGGACCAGGCCCAGACCUGGUGUGAUGAAGCAGCCUAUAUGUUGGCCAAUCAACUUGUGGAGAAGUUCCAGUCCAAGGAAGGGGCGCAGACUGCUUUGAAGGCCAUCGAGAGCUUCCUGGAGGGCUCGCCGUCCAUAAUGACAUCUGGCCCUGAAGUUCUGGCUCUGGAGUAUGAAGCUGUCAUCACCCCUCAUCUACAGGGGAAGAUAGAAAAAACGUUUGAGAAGCACACAGCGGUGCAACAGAUGAUCCAGAACCGACAAGCUGGUCUGAGGAAGCUGGCCGACAAACACGUCCGACCGGUCCAGCUGGUGGCCCCCCGUGCUGAGAACCCACCUCGCUCCAAAUCGCCAAUAUUCUCCCCCAAGCAUGCUGAGGCUUUGAAGUUCACGUUUGAUCUCCCUUUGCCCGGAAAGAGAGCGUCCCGAAAAGGUCCCAAUGCUCGCAAAAUUGAGGUCAUUCACGACUACCAGGAGAGCCGCAGCUGUGUGUCGUAUGGCGUGGAAGGUGAAGACAGCCCAGAUGUCCUCAAGCGUCACGUGAUGCGGGAGCUCAUUGAGACGGAGAGGAUCUACGUGGAAGAGCUGCUGUCGGUCCUUCUUGGCUACAAAGCAGAGAUGGAAAACCCACAUCUGGCUGCUCUCCUGCCGCCUGUCCUGCACGCAAAGAGAGGCGUCCUCUUCGGAAACAUGCCCGACAUCUACAACUUUCAUAGCAGCUUGUUUCUCCAGGACCUUGAGGGAUGCCUGGACACUCCCGAAGGUGUGGGACUUUGCUUUCUUGCCAGGAAGGAGAACUUCCAAAUGUAUGAAUGCUACUGUCAGAAUAAGCCGCGUUCCGACGCUCUGUGGCGGCAGUUCUCAGAUUGCGCCUUCUUUCAGGAGUGUCAGAAGAAGCUGGGCCACAAACUAGGCCUGGACUCUUACCUGCUGAAACCAGUCCAACGCCUCACCAAGUAUCAACUACUGCUCAAGGAGCUGCUGAAACACAGCACCGACUGCGAGGGAUCAUCUGAGCUGCAGGGGGCGCUAUUAGCCAUGCUGGACCUGCUCAAAUCCGUCAACGACUCCAUGCAUCAGAUUGCCAUCACAGGAUAUGAGGGGGACAUUUGCGAGCUGGGCCGCGUAUUGAUGCAGGGCUCUUUCAGUGUGUGGAUCAGCCACAAGAAAGUGCCCACACGCAUGAAGGAGUUGGCCCGCUUCAAACCCAUGCAGCGCCACCUUUUCCUCUACGAGAGUGUGUUGCUCUUCUGCAAGAAGCGGGAAGAGCACGGGGACAGCUGCGAUAAGACGCCCUCGUACGGCUUCAAGCACUGCAUCAAGAUGACUGCUGUGGGGAUCACAGAGAACGUCAAAGGAGACCCCAGGAAGUUUGAAAUCUGGUACAGUGGCAGGGAGGAGGUAUACGUGGUCCAGGCUCCCAGCGUGGUGGUGAAGAUGUCCUGGCUCAGCGAGCUGCGCCGAAUCUUGACCAACCAGCAGAAGUUAUUGCGAGAUGAGGUUCAUCAAAAUGGACAACCAGUAGAGCACAUGCAUCUUUCUCCACCACCUUGUGAAAGUAAGCAACAGAGGGCGUCGGUGAGCUCGGAGGACACCGAGUCGGUGAAGAGCAGCCCGGACGGCCAGCGGCGUGCCCCCAAACGCCAGCUCAACCGCAGGAGUUGGCCAGGAGCUCAUCAUGACUCGGUGAACAUCUGCGAAGGUCUGGACGAGACGGGCAGCGGCCGAGACGCUUUCCACCAACCGGACAUGCAGCUGGUGAAACUGUCUCGAGGCAGAUAUCGGGCCUUGGCGGACUGCCUUCAAAACGGACCGGACAGCGUACUCAUCAAAUGCGGUGAUGUCAUCCAGUUGAUGUGCGAAGACAGCAAAGGCCGCUGGCUGGUGAAAAAUCUGAGUCGACAACAAGAUGGCUUCAUUGCGUCCGCCAGCCUGCAAGUGACCAUAAGAGGGGGCAGUCGAGCAGGCUCUUCCAGACUCAGGGAAACAGGCAAAGUCAGGACAAGAAAGCUCAGUUCUCCAUAGAGAACAAGACCCGUGAUGAGACCAAAGAAGGACGUUCCGUCCUGGUUUUGUGGCACUUUAAGGCAUUGGACUUCUUUACAUUCUCACAGGUUGGGAUUGACAAUCCGUACCCCCUCUGCGCCCCCACACAGCCUCUGUGUUGUCAAUGUAUGCCAAGCACAAAAACUGUGGGAGUAUUGCAUCGUUUUCCCAGCAUUCCACAGUGCUGAUAUGAGCGGGAGUGGCUCACUUUUUGGCAACUUCCUCCGUCAUGUGCUUUUGGCUUUACUGAAUGGACGCUCAGUCUAGGAGAAAUCCUCAAAUUUUCAAUCCCAGAGAAUGUAGUUUGAAGAAAAUCAUGGACCUGAAGAUCAUUGCACGCAUUCAUCAGAAAGCGCUGAUAUCAUUGCAGUACUCCUAUCAGACAGUAGGGGGCUUCUUGUACUUUCCUAUGUAUCUGAUGGCUGCUGUGAUCCAAUUUUUUUAGACAUCCGGUUGACAUCACACCCAGUUUUUAAGGGAAUUUCUAGUCAUUUGUGUACUGUUUAAUUCCUCGUGUGCUCUUCUGUACGCAAGUGCCAAAAUGUUUUUUUUCAUCUCCUCUUGAGGCAGCGUAUCGUCUAUCCGCUUUUGUCUGAGCAAGAAAAAUGUUUUGAUCAGUUAAGAAUGAAGACAAAAACUUUCAUAACAAUGUAGGAACGUGGCCUUUGUGUGCGUUUGCCGUGUUCCUGGCUGCUUCCCGUGUUUGUGUGUAUGAAUGAGGCGGGGGCGUGCCAUGUGCACCACCAACUUUCAGCAGCGCUCUAUUUAAUACAGUGAACUCCCGUUUAUCGUUGGGGAAAGCGUUCCAGAGCCAACCGUCAAAAGCCACAUGUAAACGGAUAGACAUUUAUUUAAAGACACUUUUUAAGGAUCCCCUCGCGCCCGUUCUCACCUCUCCUUCUGUCAAAAAAAGGGAGACUGUAUGACAUCGCCCUAGCAACGAGCAACAUGGCCAAACGCGACUGGAUUGGACAAUUGUGGAGGAAAUGCAGUCGGCGACUCACACCCGCACACAUACAAUCAUCCCAGGCGAUGUGUUCACUUUUUUAUGGCGUCACUCCUUUGUGGAUUUUUUUUUCCUCCAGAUCGCUGUAUCAUACCAUAUCGUAUUUUUCCACAUGGCCUGUCACUGUUGAGCAAUAAAUGCAAGCCAGGAGGCAAAAGUGCCUAAAAGACAGCGAAUGUCUCAAGUUUGGAAUCAUUUCACACUUCAUCAAAAAAAAAUCUGAAUUUUAAUGUACCUAUUGCAAUGUAUGACCGGUACAAAUUACACAACUGCUCGUCUAGGGCGAAGUUCACAUUGUUCGUUGAUUUAAUAUAACCAACCACCACCACCAGUUCGAACGAAUUGCUCCCUCCUCAUUUCCUGUUGUUAGCCCCGCCCUCCAAGCUUCCGUCACACAAGCAGCUAACUUAAUGUGAGAGGGGAUCAUGAUGACACCACCGUGUGUUCAACACUAUAUUAAAUAUUCACGCUUAUUUAAAUUUACCAAAUCCGAUUGAAGGCUCCCGUUGGGGAGCCGUUUUGGAACGGCCGCGGCGUUUGAUAUGGAAAUAUUUCUUGGAAGCAGCAGGCGCCUGGUCACAUGACAUGUUUCCUUUGUUCAAAUAUUUAUUUUGCCUUCCCUUUGCGAGCUGUCCCGAAUGAAAUCACAUCUGCGUUUAUUCACAAGAGCCACGAGCGCUUGAUUGCUUUCGCAAACAAAACGAGCGGAUGUUUUGUUAUAACUGUCAUCAAAAAUGCUGCAGAUUUUGCACAGAUUUUCCAAACACGGGAAACCACAUCAAAUAAAAGCUUGAAGUGUAAAUUCAUCAUGUCAAGCCAAGAAGCCUAAACUUAGCGACAAAUGUUUCUUUAUUGCAACUGGGCAGACUAGUAUUGUUAGAUUUAGUUGUACAUUUUUAGCUACAAAACUACAAAGAUAUUUAUUGCAAUAACCGCUGUGUAUAUACGCCUACACUUUUGGUAAUUAGUGUUUCAGAAAUGCAAUACUGGUCCAUAAACGCCGAUUGAAUCAAUGUGUUCCAUUUUCAGCGUUUUGAUUAAAGCCUACGAAACA